AUGGCCAAGUUUGAGUCGAUUGAGUCCGUUCAGAAAAGCAUUGAAUUGCAAAAGGGCUUAUUGCAAACAACAGACGAUUCUAUCAAAAGAAUCACAGGUCGAUCGCCUGACAAUGGAAGACGCAAUAAUCCUGAUUUGUCAAGUGGACCUCCACGGCGCUUCGUUGCAAACGGUGCUCCACCUUCUGUCUUCUCCCGUCUUAAUCCAAAUUUAGGCAACUUUAGGGAAUCCAAAUUUUCUCAGCUGGAUAAGCCCGAGACUGAUUUGCAUGUUUCACUUCCCUCAUCUGUUGUUCGGGUUGGAGAAAAGAGGUCUCGUUUAGAUGCUAUUAAGGAAUACAACACUAUGGAUAAAGGAAGAGGCCGUCGAAUGUUCGGCGUGUUGCAGGCAACCUUGACGCAAUUCAAGGCUGAAUCCAGUGGCGGUGGCAAUAAUAGUGAAGAGGCACGAAAGCGGCAGCGUCGUCAGGAAAUCGAGUCUCGUAUCGAUGCUAAGGCGGCCGAAGAGAAAGCAGCAGCUCGUCAAGAGCGCGCUGAUCUCUUUCGCCAGCGUAAACAACAGCAGGUUGAGCUGGGUCUUCUUCAGCAGAAAAUGCGCAUGAUGCACGAGUUUGAAGAUUGGAAGGAGGAGCAAAUCAAAAUGGUUGAUUUCAUCCGCACCGAGAACAACCCGCCAAUUUUCUAUCGCCCCAAGGGUGACAAUCCCGAGAGUGAAACCCGCAAAAAUGCUACCAAAGCCAAAAUCAUGGAGCGAAUUGAGGAACGUCGACGUUUCAUGGAGGAGGAGUACGCGGAACUGGCGGCCGCAAGACGUCGACGCCUUGGCAUAGCGGUGGAAUCGGAGACGGUGCCUCCGCCUCCUCUUCCUGUUCCUGCUCCUGGUGGUGACCAGGCUUCGCCUCAGCGCUACGUCCAUAUCAUCAAGAAGACCGCCGCCCCUCCCACGACUGCGGACUUUGAAGAUCUUGAGGAUGAGCCCGUGCUGAUGGAUGAGGAACCGGACCGCCGGAUAAUGGCAGACCUCGGAGGUUGUGGCGGAGGAAUGCCGGCACAGCUGUUGGAGCGCCUCGCAGCGCGCGAGGCCCGGCGUAAGGCGGCAGAGACAACGACGACUGGGGCGCGGCAUCGACGUGAAGCGGUAGGCGGGGAUGUUCUCCUCCCGUCGCUCAGCCUUUCGAUGGACCCGUCAGACGUAGCUGGAGGAGAAGUCGCAUCAAUUUUCAUCUCGCCGAUGCACAACACACCUACCUUCUUCCUCGAGCAUAUGGCUCGUGCUAAGAAUCUCCUUCUGGGACGCAUUGAGCGGUUAAGGGAGAGGUGUGCACUCACCGAUGGUGCUCCCGAACCUGAUGAACGAAUCAAGUCGCUUGACGACCUGUUGGAUCAAAUCGAGGAGCUUCAGCGCUGGUUCACCGAAUGCUCUCCCUACCUUAAAUCCUUCCAUGUAGAACAGGCGCGUCAAGACGUUGAUGAAAUCAAGUCGCGCUUUCACGACGUUCGCGCCUCUGUGUUGCCCAAGAAGAAGUUUAAAUUCGGCGCUGGAGGUGGUGCAGGCGGCGGAGCUAAGGCUUCCACCAAAAAAACGCCAGCAGUAACUACCUCUACCUCACCAGCCAAACAGACGCCCACUUUCUCCUCCCUCCUUGCUCCUGCCAAAUUCACCCUUUCGCACCUCUCCCACCGCCACGACCUCCGCCUCCCCUCGUCCGCAGACGACGAUGACGGGGAAAGUGCGAGCCUUCGUGACCAAUCCCUCUGUCUCACCGAUCUCGUUGAUUGUGAGGUGCGCGUUACUUCGGUCUGCGGUAACUUGGUGGCCUCUCGCCUCACCGGCUGCACUGUCUACACCCUCCAACCCGUUGCGACCUCCGUGAUGCUGCAGGAUUGUGUGAAUUGUCGCUUCGUUCUAGCCUGUCGGCAGUUACGGGUGCAUCGAACACGCGGAACGCGAUUCGACGUUUUUACCGCCUCUGCGCCGAUAAUCGAAGAUUCUACGGACCUUUUAGUGGGACCGUGGAAUGGUGGAAGAAGCACAUCUGAGGUACUGGGAACAGUCAACCACUGGAAGGAGGUGCAGGACUUCAGCUGUCCUACGCUGGUAACGACGAAGGCGUCUCAGUCACCGAAUUGGAGUCCCCUGCCGGAGAAUGAGGCGCAAGCCACAAUGAAGGCUCAGUUACAAGGCGCUCAACUUGGUCACAGUCUUCUGAAGAAAAAGUCUGACGCCUUAACGAUUCGCUUUCGUAGUAUUUUAUCAAAAAUCAUAGAAGCAAAGCAAUCAAUGGGUGAAGUGAUUAGGGAGGCAAAUUUCUCCCUUGCCGCUGUCAAAUUUUCUUCCGCAGCUAAUGUGAACCACUUGGUGAUGCACAAUGUUACGAAGGCACAAGUAAAAGUGAAGUUGAGCAAAGAUAACGUUGCUGGUGUCAAUUUGCCUCAAUUCGAAGUCUAUUCUGAGGGAGCUGACACCUACGAGCUGACGGGUUUGUCUGGCGGUGGUCAGCAGAUAGACAAGUUGAAGAAGGCCUAUGCCAAGGCGGUGAAACUGCUAGUCAAUCUGGCCUCCCUACAGACCUCCUUCGUCACUCUUGACAAAGUCAUCAAGGUCACCAAUCGCCGCGUCAAUGCCAUUGAGCAUGUGAUAAUUCCGCGGCUUGAGCGGACAAUCGCUCACAUCAUUCAGGAGUUGGACGAACGGGAGAGGGAGGAGUUCUACAGACUGAAGAAAGUGCAAGACCGGAAGAAGCGCCUAAAGGCCCAGCACGAUGAAGAAUUGCGCCUUGCUCACAUCGAUCCGGAAGCAGUGGAGAAUCAGAAUAUGGUGGUCCAUACGCUGGACCCGGGGGUAGGGUGGUUGCGUUGGCCCCGUCCGGUGAGGCAGUCCAGUGGUGGUGGCGCUUGCGUAGGCCUCGAUGCACUGCCGGUAUUUACCGCUCGAUCCUAUAAAUAUGUCCGCGCUUCCGGGUUUCUUCAUUCGUUGUUCGUGAGCCUGCCGUUUGCCGCGUUCUCGAAAAUGCGUGAAUGUAUUAGCAUCCAUGUUGGUCAAGCUGGUGUCCAGAUGGGUAACGCCUGCUGGGAACUCUACUGUCUGGAGCACGGAAUCCAGCCCAAUGGGCAAAUGCCAAGCGAUAAGACUAUCGGCGGUGGUGAUGACUCCUUUAACACCUUCUUUAGUGAAACCGGAGCUGGGAAGCAUGUGCCUCGUGCUAUCUUUGUCGAUCUAGAGCCUACUGUUGUUGACGAAGUGCGAACUGGAACCUACCGUCAGCUCUUCCACCCCGAGCAGUUGAUAACUGGAAAGGAGGACGCUGCCAAUAACUAUGCCCGUGGUCACUACACUAUCGGCAAGGAAUUGAUUGAUCAGGUGUUGGAUCGCAUUCGCAAGCUUACCGACCAAUGCACUGGGCUCCAAGGUUUCCUGCUCUUCCACUCUUUCGGCGGUGGCACUGGCUCCGGCUUCACCUCUCUUCUUAUGGAGAGAUUGAGUGUUGAUUAUGGUAAAAAGGCUAAGCUUGAGUUCUCGAUAUACCCCGCUCCUCAAGUUUCCACUGCCGUGGUUGAGCCGUACAACUCUAUUCUUACAACUCACACAACUCUGGAGCACUCCGAUUGUGCCUUCAUGGUUGAUAACGAGGCUAUUUACGAUAUAUGCAGGAGGAACUUGGAUAUCGAGAGGCCAACCUACACUAAUUUGAACCGUCUGAUUAGUCAGAUUGUGAGCUCAAUUACCGCCUCGCUUCGCUUUGACGGCGCAUUGAACGUCGAUUUGACCGAAUUCCAGACAAACUUAGUCCCCUACCCGCGUAUCCACUUCCCGUUGGCUACCUACGCUCCGGUCAUUUCUGCUGAGAAGGCCUAUCAUGAGCAGCUUACGGUCGCGGAGAUCACGAAUUCCUGUUUCGAGCCAAAUAACCAGAUGGUGAAGUGUGACCCUCGUCACGGCAAGUACAUGGCCUGCUGUCUGUUGUAUAGGGGUGAUGUCGUGCCUAAGGACGUCAAUGCCGCUAUCGCGGCGAUCAAGACUCGGCGCAACAUCCAGUUUGUUGACUGGUGCCCCACCGGCUUCAAGGUUGGCAUCAAUUAUCAGCCACCCACUGUUGUUCCUGGUGGUGAUUUGGCCAAGGUUCAACGUGCAGUCUGCAUGCUGAGCAACACCACGGCCAUUGCCGAGGCUUGGGCUCGUCUUGACCACAAGUUCGAUCUGAUGUACGCAAAGCGCGCAUUCGUGCACUGGUACGUCGGCGAGGGCAUGGAGGAGGGCGAGUUUUCGGAGGCUCGCGAGGACCUUGCCGCCUUGGAGAAGGAUUAUGAAGAAGUCGGUGUCGACAGUAUGGAUGAGGCGGCUGAGGAUGGCGAGGAGUACUAA